AUAUGAGAAGGUUUCUCAUCUGAGUCCAUACCUGCCUUCUCCUCUGCUCCAUCGCUUUGGUGAAGCCAAGAUGAAGUUCACAAUUGUCUUUGCUGGACUUCUUGGCGUCUUCCUGACUCCUGCCCUUACCUAUAAUAUCAACGUCAAUGAUGACGGCAACAGUAAUGGAAGUGGGCAGCAGUCAGUGAGUAUCAACAAUGAACAUAACGUGGCCAAUGUUGACAACAACAAUGGAUGGAACUCCUGGAAUUCUGUCUGGGAUUACCAAAAUAGCUUUGCUGCAACCAGGCUGUUUGACAAGCAGGCAUGCUUUGUGCACAAAAUGAACAACGAUGUCAUGCCUUCUCUUCAAGACCUCGAUGCGCUGAUCAAGGAAAAGAAGCUUCAGGGCAAAGGACCAGGGGGACCUGCUCCCAGGGGCCUGAUAUACUCAAUCAACCCUGACAAAGUCAGUGACCUGAGCCAGUUUGGAGACUCCAUCUCUAACAUGUGCAGUGGGGUUCCAACAUACGUGGCUGAAGAGGUUCAAGGGGCAAGCCUGUUUUCUUACUCACAAAAGUGCUUCAUUGCUAAUAUACUCUGGAUUCUGAACAUUUCCUUCUGUGGAGAAGCACUGGAGAACUGAAAAAAAAAGUCACUGUGGGUUUAGUCAGCAGAAUAUUCUAUGCAGAAAAAUAUGGGUUCUCAUGGUUUUUAUCAUGUCAUUCUGAAAUGUUUUAUGCUAGUUAUCUCUGACUUCUUUAACUUUCAAUAAACCACUUAGCAUUGAA